AUGGAGGACCACCCGGCCCAAAUCCCAGAGUCUUUCUCGCUCAGCACCGUGGCCGGCGGCAUCGAGAACCCAGUGCCCGUGUCCCUGGAGACUCUGCCCUGUCUGUCCCCUCCCCACCGGCCUCUGGAAGCAGCAGGAGGAGGGCUGGGGGCCCACCGAGAGGGGGAGCACCUGUACUGGCACGCCCCUGGAGCGUCCAGCAGGACGAGUGCUUAUGCAGCCCAUCCUAAGCCUGGGUCCUGGAGGAGCCUGCACCCCGCGACAAGGGCCUUGCAUUUCUUCCGGGAGCAUGCAAAGCUGUGGGGUUGGAUCUGUAGAGGCCUGCUUUGCUCGGCCUAUGCCGCCUUCCUGCUGGUGGCCUGCCUCCUGAACUUGCAGCGGGCCCUGGCACUCCUGGUGCUUACCUGUGUGGUCCUAUUCUUCCUGGCCCACAGCCUGCUCAAGAGGCUGCUGGGAGCGAAACUGAGGAGCCACCCCUGGUCCCUGGGAUCCCCCCGACUACGCCUCUGGUCUCGGAGGGCUCUGGCCUUGGCUGCCUUUCUGGGCCUGGUCUUGUGGCUCGCGCUGGACACGGCCCAGCGGCCUGAGCAGCUGGUUUCUUUCGGUGGCAUCUGUGUCUUCCUCGGUUUCCUCUUCGCCUGCUCCAAGCACCAUCGGGCCGUGUCCUGGCGGGCCGUGUGCUGGGGUCUGGGCCUGCAGUUUGCCCUGGGGCUUUUCGUCAUCAGAACUGAGCCGGGGUUCGUCGCCUUUCAGUGGCUGGGAGACCAGAUCCAGGUCUUCCUGAGCUACACAGAGGCCGGGUCGAGCUUUGUGUUCGGGGAAGCUUUGGUCAAGGAUGUCUUCGCCUUUCAGGUGCUGCCCAUCAUUGUCUUCUUCAGCUGCGUCAUGUCGGUGCUCUACUACGUGGGGCUCAUGCAGUGGGUGAUCUUGAAGAUUGCGUGGGUGAUGCAGGUCACCAUGGGGACCACGGCCACCGAGACUCUGAGUGUGGCUGGGAACAUUUUCGUGAGCCAGACAGAGGCGCCACUUCUGAUCCGGCCCUACUUGGCUGACAUGACGCUGUCUGAGAUCCAUGUGGUCAUGACGGGCGGCUACGCCACCAUCGCCGGCAGCCUGCUGGGUGCCUACAUCGCCUUUGGGAUCGACCCCACCUCCUUGAUCGCCGCCUCUGUCAUGGCAGCGCCCUGUGCCCUGGCUCUCUCCAAGCUGGUGUACCCUGAGGUGGAGGAGUCUCGCUUCCGAAGCCAUGAAGGGGUGAAGCUGAGCUAUGGGGACGCUCAGAACCUUCUGGAAGCCGCGAGCAGUGGAGCCGCCAUCUCGGUGAAGGUGGUAGCCAACAUCGCAGCCAAUCUCAUCGCCUUCCUGGCCGUGCUGGCCUUCAUCAACGCUGCCCUGGCUUGGCUCGGGGACAUGGUGGACGUGGAGGGGCUCAGCUUCCAGCUCCUCUGCUCCUACAUCCUGAGGCCUGUGGCUUUCCUAGUUGGUGUGGCCUGGGAAGAUUGUGCGGUGGUGGCAGAGCUACUGGGUAUGAAGCUGUUUUUGAAUGAAUUCGUGGCCUACCAGGCUCUCUCUGAGUACAAGGGCCGCCGCCUGGCUGGGCUGGAGGAAUGGAUCGACGGCAGGAAGCAGUGGAUCUCGGUGAGGGCCGAGACGCUCACCACCUACGCCUUGUGCGGGUUUGCCAACUUCAGCUCCAUUGGGAUCAUGCUGGGAGGCCUGACCUCCAUGGCGCCCCACCGCAAGGGCGACUUCUCCAGCAUCGUGCUGCGGGCGCUGCUCACCGGGGCCUUCGUGUCCCUGGUCAACGCCUGCGUGGCCGGGGUCCUCUACAUGCCCAGGGGCCCCACUGUGGACUGCGCAUCAUUGCUGCUGAACUCAACCCUGAAUGACACCAGCUACGAGGUGUAUAUGUGCUGUCGUGAGCAAUUCCAGGGCACUGGCCCGGCCCUGGGCCCAGCUGGCCUGGCUACCUGCUGUGAAUUCUACAACCACACGCUGUGCGGGUGA